GAGUACGAGCAUACUAUAUGAGAGAGGGAAAGCACAACUGUGUUGAAACAAGAAAGAACAGAGUAAGCAAGACCUACCACAGUCUAGGCAGAUUGUGCACUUAGAGGUGAGUGAGCAUUUGUUUUUGUCACCCUGCUGGAAUGGACUGAUGAAUUAGGACUGGUGAGAUGUGUGCAAGUGGGUGCGUUUGAGGGUGUCAGACUGCGAUCAUCCCAUCGAGUGCUUCACUUCGUUGAAGUUGCUACGAGGCAGUCGUGGGGGACCAAUUUUUCCCUGCAAGGAAAAAAAAAGGCAAAAGAAGGCGAAAGGCUACGAAAAUUGGACUGCUUCCAACUUCGAAUUCCCUUUGGACAUUUUUUUCCACCUCAGCUUCAAUAAGGAACCACAUGUGAAGACUGAUGGGGCGAGGGCACAGUGUUGCUUACCAGAGAAUCAACUUAGCUGCAUCCCUGUCUGCAACACCACAGAGAAUCCAGAGCAGACAGAGGUAAAGAACCAGAGAAAGAGCAAGGGAAUCUGAGUAAUCUCCAUCCAAUCCCCUCUCCCCACCUUUCUUCAUCUGCCUGGACCUUCCUCAGUUGCCCUCUGGUACCCCUCACAGGGCAAGAAGCGUGAAAAAUCUCACUAAUGGGUUUAUUUGCCGUCAGCUCAGCAACGACCUGUCAUUCCUCAGGACCACUCCACUUGACACAUUUCAUAGUUGAGUAAGCUUCACUUUGUUUCUGCCAAAGGAGCUUGAGCCCUAGAAGAUCAAGACCAAGCUGAGGUAUCAGUCAGCUUAUUUCACACCGGGAGGAGAAGUCCCUUAAUCACUUUGCCUGUCUCUUACAGUAUUUUCUUCCAGUGAGGUCAAGCGUAUGAUUAGAAACCAGGGGACAUCUCGCUGUUGCUUUGUAUUUCUCUAAGACGAGUGACCAAGAACUUUCCACAAAGAGAACAGACAAAGAGAGUGAGUCUGACCCAACAACAUUCUUCUGGCUGGUGGACUGAAGAUGCAUUGCUGGCUGCUAGCUGUGGUGACGGCAGUGCUCUGGAGCCAGUGUAUACUUCUAGGGUGGGCUGAGGGUAGGAAGGUGCGGAAGAGGCCGAAGGAGCUCACGCCACAACACACUGAAGCAUUCAACACCACCCUUUCCAACAGUGAGGAACUGGAUGGCAGUACAAAGCCUGGUCCCCCAGGUCCUCCUGGGCCUCCAGGCCCUCAGGGACCCCCAGGAUCCCCCGGGGCAGAGGUCACUCAAGAGGUCCUGCUGCAAGAGUUCAAAAAAAUGAUCAAAGAGGCCACAGAGAGGCGAGCAGCAGUGGACAAACCCAACGAGCCUAGUCAGUUGCCCACAGCUCUCAUUACCCUUGAGGGAAUGACCUCCUACAGGAGAAUUGAGGAAGCCUUCCACUGCAAACUGAGAGGUCCUGUAGUUGUGGACAAGAAGACUCUGGCAGAGCUCCAGGACUUUCAGACACCUCCUGCCAAAGGUGCCUUCCUCAGAGGGACAGGGAUGGAUCAGUCCACUGGCAGAUUUACAGCUCCCGUAACUGGAAUUUACGAGUUUUCUGCCAAUGUUCAUAUUGACCACACUGAGGUGAAGAAAAGUAAGAACCAGCUGAGAGCCAGAGACAAUGUCAGAGUUUUGAUCUGCAUUGAAUCACUCUGCCACAGAUAUACAUCCUUGGAAAUGAUUGUUGGUCUUGAGAGUAACAGCAAGAUAUUUACAGUGUAUGUCCAUGGACUGCUGGAACUCCAGGCUGGGCAGUACACUUCCAUAUUUGUGGACAAUGCAGCUGGAGCAUCCAUCACAAUACAGAAUGGUUCAGAUUUCAUGGGCAUGUUGUUAGGUGUAUAGCCUUGUUUUAUAGCCAGGCUAUAUCUGGCAGGCCACAUUAGACUGCAUAGCAACACGUUGGACAAGCACCCAGCACACUGCACCAGAUCUGUUCAUAAGAUAUUAUUUGACUGCUGCCAUGAAAGCUGUUGGCUGAUCCAGCUUCAUGGAAGAGACAUGUACAUACUGAAACCCACAAAGCAACUAGAGACAGUUGGAUACAAUCUAAAAGACUCACCUGAGGAUAGUCCAUAUCUGCCUUUUUUCUGUUCCAUCUACAGUGAGGUUCUUGCAUCAUAAGAUCAACAAUUUUUCAAAACCAAAAUCAUUGGUCUCUGUGUUCUGAUUGGAUGCUACAGACAGACCCAAUUAUGUGAUAUAUAGCUGUAUACAAAUAUAUUUUUGUUGUUAUGUCAUCUGUCUCCUAAUGAUGUUUAUAUACACAAGUUGUUUUCUACAAUAAGAGGUUUCUUAGCGUGUGAACAAUACAAGAGCUAAUCUAUGGGUAUAUACAGUAUAUGGGCUUAAUGGUCUAAUAUCUUUUGGAGGUGAAAAAUGCACACUUCCUAUUGUGCAUACAUGACUGUAUUUUGUAUUUUUAAAUAUCACAAGCUAUACAAAAUUGUAUUUACUAUGAAGCUCCAAAACGCAUGUUUUAGGAUUUUUUGACUUUACUUUUUCUCCCCAAUUUGGAAUUCCAAAUACAUUCUAAGUCCUCGUGGCGGCGUAUUGACUUGCCUCAAUCUAGGUGGUGGAGGACGAAUCUCAGUUGAAUCUCAGUUCUGAGCCAUCAAUCCGUGCAUCUUAUCAUGUGGCUUGUUGAGUGUAUUACCACAGAGACAUAGCGCAUGUAGAGGCUUCACGCUAUUCUCUGCAGGAUCCAUGCACAACUCACCAUGUGUCCCACCGAGAGCGAACCACAUUAUAGCGACCACGAAGAGGUUACCCCAUGUGACUCCCUAGCAACCGGGCCAAUUUGGUUGCUUAGGAGACCUGGCUGGAGUCACUCAGCAUGCCCUGGAUUCGAACUUGCAACUCCAGUGGUGGUAGUCAGCGUCAAUACUCGCUGAGCUACCCAGGCCCCAUGUUUUAGGAUUUUGAUUAUUGAUAAACAACAGAUUUUCCAUUAUGCUUGGCCAAAAGAAGGAAACAGCCAAAUAUAAAGAUAAGCAAAUCAGUGACUAUGAGUCUGUUUUUAUGUCCAGUUGCUUAUCGUCCCAGACAUUAGCACUCAUCCAGGAGUGUGUGAGUAUGAACUUGGAAAGCAGCUGCAAUGAUAGACAUGUUAGAGUCCUGCUGAGUUUUCGUUUUGUUUACUGCAAUGCCAGAUACGUCAUAAAUUAACACUCUUUUUUAACAUCUCCUUGGGAAACUAAGCAUUCUAAAACUUCUCUCUUUUUGGAUGUGUGUUGCUCUGAUGUUUUUAAUCUUUUUGUAUAAAUGUUUAUUGUUUGAUUAGCUUCAGUAAAUACAGAAAUUAAGAUACACAUAUAUGAACAUAUGCAAAUUGAAUAAAAAGGCUUUUAGGCUUCCAAUAGAUCUCAAUACAAGUGAAAGUUAUGUUGCUUUACAAUAGCUUGUAUUGUGGUGUAAUGGAAAUUAAAUGACAUUCAAUAAAUGCUUAAUAUAUCUAUUCACCUGGACAUACUUGCGGCUGUCUCAAAGCAAAUUUUUUUAGCUUUGAAAUCUGGCAAACAUUCUUAAUUCUCUGCUCAAUAAAGUAGAUGGGACAUGCUCCCAGUGCUUUUGCAAUUUCAUAAGCAGCAGUGUGGAAAAUGUUUCUUUGCAUCAUUUGCAUCGUAAAUAAUCUAAGAUACAUCAAGUACCUUGGCAAACAUGCACACAUCUGACAGACUGAUGGUGGUAUGGGCCACCUGGGCACACUAGAAAGUGAUCUCUGAAAUCCAAUCAUUUUGGUGUCAUUUAGUCUUUUCAUCUAGUGUCAUUUAGAAUAUCCCACACAAGGGACUCACAGUUGCACAGGUGUUUUUUCUACAACACCAGUGGUUUUCCUGCUAGCUACUGUGCCUUCAAACCUCAUCUUGAAUUAAUAAGAGAUGUUGCUUGUUUAGAGAUCAAAUGUUUGCUUUAGACGCUUUUUUACACUAUCAAAUUUGUUUUUGAUUUCCUGAUUGCCAUUUAAUAUAUUUCUGCAGAAUGCAUUGUGUUGGGCAGGUUCUGCUUUAGUACUAUUCUAAUCACAUCUCUCAUGACCAAAAAUGUUAAUACCACAGUUUGUGUAGUAUAAAACUUUGUGAUUCAAUUGUCAAUCUGCAGUAAAUCCACCUGCUGUUACUGUUUAAUGACACUAUUUGUUUCUACGCAUGAGUAUAUACUAUGAGCUACACUAUAAAAAGUGCUAACAUGCAACUUUAGGAUCUAUUUCUUCCCUUAAAAUAUCCUUUGUUGGUGUAACCUAAUAUUCAGGUUGAUUCUGUUAGGAAUUCCUUGUCUUGUUUCACUGUUGCCCUUUGUCUGCCACCUUUGCAUUCCUUAGUUUUCACUUUUGUCUUUUGGUUAGCCUUCGUGUUCACUUGUCAUUGUUUAGAACUACACUUCCCAGAAUCCACCUGCCAUCUUCACUGCCAUUUUGUUCAUUGUUUUCACCUGUAUCUCACUCAUUCACUCACUGUGUAUUUAAGCCCUGCUUUUUGUCGUUCGUUGAAUGUUGUUAGCCUGGUGUGUGUUCCCUGCCUGUGUUUUCUAGUUUUAUGUUUAUUUCCCCAUUGAGGGUUUUCCUUUGUGUUUUUUUUCUUGCUUGUUUAUAUAAUAAAGUGUAACUGCGUUUAGAUCCGCAUCUCCUCGUCUGCCUUGCUGCUCAAUCGUGACAGAACGAACGACCCAAUAUGGAUCUAGCAGCUUACCUGAUGGAACUGACCCAGGCGGAGUUGACCAUCCGCGAGUACUCCCACUUCUUUUCCGCUGUUGCCAUCCACACCGGCUUCGACGACACAUCCCUGAAAACCAUCUACCAGCUCGGGCUACCAACGUACCAGCUGAGGGGAUUGCCGAACUCCGGAGACCUCACGUGGAGGGAAUAUGUGGAUCUAGUCUUGGGAGUACUCGCUGCCGGGGAACCACCUCUCUCGAUCCCGGUUUCCGCCACUGGGCUUUCCGUGCCUGCCACGGCCAGCGAGCCAGAGCCCACGCCUGCCACGGCCAGCGAGCCAGAGCCCCAGAGCCCACGCCUGCCACGGCCAGCGAGCCAGAGCCCACGCCUGCCCCGGUCUGCGAGCCAGAACCCUCGUCAGCUACGGUCUGCGAGCCAGAGCCCUUGUCUACCCCGGUCUGCGAGUCAGAGCCCUUGUCUACCCCGGUCUGCGAGUCAGAGCCCUUGUCAGCUACGGUCAGCAAGCCAGAGCCCUCGCCUGCCCCGGUCUGCGAGCCAGAGCCCUCGUCAGCUACGGUCAGCGGGCCAGAGCCCUCGCCUGCCCCGGUCUGCGAGCCAGAGCCCUCAUCAGCUACGGUCAGCGAGCCAGAGCCAGAGCCCUCGUCAGCCACGGUCAGCGAACCCAAGCCAGCGCAUACCACGGUCACCCAGCCAGAGCCUGUCGCCUCAGAGGUCCCUGAGCCAGCGCCUGUAGCCUUGACCGUCCCUGAGCCAGCGCCUG